AUGUUUUUUUCUAUGAAUGAAAACAAUAAAUUUUAUCCUUUAAGAAUGGCGCAAAAGGAUUGUAUUAAUACAAUAGAUUUAUUUUUGUAUGAAGAAGAUGGUGUUAGCCAUUAUUCACUAAUUAAAAAUUUUAAUCGUUUGAUAAAGUCGCAAAAAACUUCAAGUAAAAAUGGUAAGAUAUUUAUUUGUAAAAAGUGUUUUACUCAUUACACUAAAGAAGAAUUAUUAAAAAAACAUAUUUCAUAUUGUUUGAAUAACGAGACAGUUUCUGUAAAAAUGCCUUUAUCAGGGACAAUGUUAAAUGUCAAAAAUCACCACAAACAACUUCCUAUUCCUUUUGUAGCUUAUGCGGAUUUUGAGUGCUUUACUAAACCGAUGAAUACUUGCUGUCCUAAUCCAAAAGACUCUUAUAAUUACAAUUACCAAAAACAUGAGCCAUCAGAAUUUUGUAUUUUUAUUAAAGGAGUGGUUGAUAAAAAAAUCAAACCAAUUAUUUAUUCGAAAACAGAAGAAGAUGAAGAUAUACCAAAAAUAUUUGUAGAAAAACUCUCAGAAGCAACUAGAGGUAUUUAUAAUGAUUUUUAUCGUAAACCAAAACCUCUUAUACUAAGCAAAGAAGAACAAAAAUCAUUUAACAAAGCGGAAAUUUGUCAUAUUUGUAACAAAGAAUUAUUGGAAGACAAAGUUAGAGAUCAUUGUCAUUUUACAGGUCAGUACCGUGGUGCUGCUCACAACGGUUGUAAUCUUAAUUGUAGGAAACCUUUGAUCCUUCCAGUUAUAUUUCAUAAUCUUCAAGGGUAUGAUGCUCAUUUGUUUAUAAAACAACUCGCAACUUUACCAGGAGAUUUAAAUUGUAUUCCUUCAACUGAAGAAAAAUACAUAUCCUUUUCUAAAAAGAUUAAAGUUGAUGAGUACAGGUCUAAAAAAAACUGAUCAAAUGGUGUCUUUGUAUUUUGAAAUUCGUUUUAUAGAUUCGUUUAAGUUUCUUCAAACAUCACUUGCUAAUCUUGUUUCAAAUUUACAACCUUGUGAUUUUCAUAACACAAAACGAGAAUUUAAGAAAAAUGUAGAUUUACUUACACGGAAGGGAGUUUAUCCUUAUGAUUAUGUUUCAUCGCUUGAAAAACUAUCCGAAACACAAUUACCACCAAAAGAAGAAUUUUAUUCAAAACUAAACGACGAGGACAUAACCGAAGAUGAUUACCAACACGCAAUAAACGUGUGGAAUACUUUUAAAUGUAAAUCAUUAAGAGAUUAUCACAAUCUUUACCUAAAGUCUGAUGUCCUACUUUUGUCAGAUGUAUUUGAAAACUUUAGAAAAACACCUGGUUUAGCUUGGGAUGCAUGUCUCAAAGAAACAGGGCAGGAAUUACAAUUAUUACAUGAUUAUGAUAUGUUAAUGAUGAUAGAAAAAGGUAUUCGUGGUGGUAUAACUCACAUAUCAAAAAGAUACGCAGAAGCGAAUAACAAAUAUAUGAAAUCUUACAAUCCUGAUGAGGAGUCUAGUUAUAUUCAAUAUCUCGACGCAAACAAUCUUUAUGGUUGGGCGAUGUCUCAAUCACUUCCAACACAUGGAUUUAAAUGGAUUAAUAACAUUACAAAAGAAAAAGUGAUGGAAAUCCUUGAAAAAACAAAUCAUAUUAUGUUAAAUCGUGGAAGAAAAGGAUAUGUAUUUGAAGUUGAUUUGGAAUAUCCUUCUUCACUAUGGGAGGAGCAUAAUGACUAUCCGCUUGCACCUGAGAAAUUGAUUGUUAAUGGAGUUGAAAAAUUAAUUUGUCAUUUUAAACCAAGAAAAAACUAUGUUGUUCAUUAUGGAAAUCUUAAACAAUAUCUUGAGAUGGGAAUGAGAAUAACUGCGGUUCAUAGAGGAAUAUCUUUUUGCCAAAGUCCAUGGAUGGAGCCAUAUAUACGAAAGAACACUGAACUUAGAAAAACAGCAUCUAACAGUUUUGAGAAAGACUUUUUCAAACUUAUGAAUAAUUCAGUGUUUGGAAAAACAAUAGAAAAUAUACGAUAA